AUGGCUGCUGUUCCGGAGACACCACAGCUUUUGCAAGACCACGAUGUACACCCAAUACCACUCGUGGGAAAACCGCUCAAUCGUGAGCCUCCGGUGGCCGACUUAACAUCAAGUUUCUUAGCCGGCGAUGAUGCCUACAAUCGAAAUCAUGGCUCAAUUCCCGAAAUUGGUCGUGACUCUCACCGUGUCUUGGUCGAUGGCGAGGUCCGGACGCCUCUAUCGCUGACGGUUGAUGACCUUGCCUCUAUGUUUCCACAGCAUGAAGUAACAUGUGUACUCCAGUGUGCCGGGAAUCGCCGGCAUACUAUGCGCACGUGGCUGAAGGAGGUGGACGGCAUAGAUUGGGGCGAUGCUGCGAUAAUGAAUUGCAGUUGGCGGGGUCCACGUUUGAUGGACAUCCUCAAGUUUGCGGGAGUUGAGGUAGUUGAGGAUGGUCAUGUUGCAUUUUCUUGUUAUCAAGCAGAGACUGAGAAAGACAGCUGGUAUGGUGCCAGCAUUGAGCUUGAGCGUGCCAUGGACGAGAGCCGAGAGAUUGUUCUCGCACUAGAGCGCAACUCAAAACCCCUCUCACCCAGUCAUGGUGCACCUGUUCGCGUCAUUGUCCCUGGCGUUGCGGGUGCGCGGUCUGUGAAGUGGUUGGACCGCAUGACUGUUCAAAGGAAAGAGUCGUCCAACUUUUAUCAACAGAGAGACUACAAAGUCCUUCCUGAAGAAGUAAAAACUGCAGAGGAAGCGGAGUCUCACUGGGAGACUACCCCAGCUCUCCAGGAUAUGCCCGUCAAUUCCGUCAUUGUUUCGCCGAGAUCUGGCAGUUCCAAACCCCUCAAAGAGGAUGGAACAAUUGAGGUUACAGGAUAUGCUGUUCCAGGAGGCCCUGAUGGACCAAUUGUCAGCGUUGAAGUAUCUAUUGAUGAACAGAAAACAUGGACCCAAGCGACAUUGCACAGUGGGCCAAGUAAGUGGUCUUGGAGCCUUUGGAGUGCUUUGGUCAAAGCCGAAAGGGGCACGAUCAAGAGGAUUUUUUCCAGGGCAAGGGAUAGAGGAGGCAACGAACAGAUGGCAAAGCCAGCUUGGAACCUUCGCGGUGUUGCAUACAACGGGUAUGGAGAAUCCAGAGAUGUUACAAUUACAUGA